AUGAAAGGUGAUUCCAGUAUGGUUUUACAGGCUCAAGAGGAGAUUAUUGAAAUGAAAGAUAUAUUUUCAGUAAAACUGAAACGUCGUCGUUUUGUAGGGCAGAAAAAAGGUGGUACUUUGUUGGGUAUCACAAUUUUUAAAUGCUUGAAUAAAGAAGAGAAUAAACUAACAGACUGUGCUAUCCAUUUAAAUAAUUUAAGUGAAGAUCAUUGCCAUUCAUGGUUUAGACACCUAAAGGAAAUUUUGAACGGCUUUCAAAAUAGACCAAAGUCCUUAAAAGUAUUUGUUAAUCCAAGUAGCCACAAAAGAGAAGCCACUUAUGUGUAUUAUGAACAAGUUGCACCUCUUUUUAAGCUUGCUGACAUCAAAACUGAUGUCACAG